GCGGUGGUGAGCAAGUUUUUGGACGCAGCGGUGGUGCGGCGUUGCUUGAAAGUUAAGGUUGCUCUGUCGCAAGCUCUGGUGCAGGCCUUUGAGGACGAGUUCGACUUUGAGACCCGGCAGCUAGGCCUGCUUGCCCCUGUUCACGAGAGCUUUCAGGUGACCUCCGUGCCCGGUGCCGUCGACUUUCACCACGAUAUCCUGGCGGUGACCGAGGUGGAGCCGGAGGCUGACCGGGGUGACUUUGACCUCGAGCAGGAGUCCGACGACGAACCCACGGAGCCGUUCAAGGGCGAGAUCACUCCGGCCAUCAGAGCGGCGGUGAAGAGGGUGCAUGAGGCAACCGGCCAUAGGCCUCCCAGGCGGCUGGCGAGAGCUUUGUUGUUGUCUGGGGCGCCACCGGCUGCUGUUCAGGCCGCUCGCGAGCUCAAGUGUGACGUUUGUGCGGAGAGGCGUGCCCCUAGGAGCCGGAGAGUUGCGAGUCUUCCUGCCCCUCGUGCCGUUGGAGAGCAGAUGCAUGUGGACUUGCUGGUCACUGAGGAUGCUGUGGGCCGCACCUAUGUGGUUGCCCAUGCCACCGAUGCGGUGUCGAAGUUUCAGCAGGCAGCCAUCAUCAAGGAUAAGAGCGCCGCCUCCGUGAUCGAUUUCUUGAUGGCCUCCUGGAUUCCGUUGCUAGGCCCUCCCAAGCAGCUGAUUGCAGACCAGGGCCGCGAAUUCAUUGCGGAAGAGUUUCAAGAAUGGUGUUCUUCGCACAGUGUUUUACUUUGGCACGCAGCCGUUCAGGCUCCGUGGCAGAAUGGCAUUGCGGAGCGCUCGGGUGGCACUCUUAAAGUGCUUGUUUCAGCAGUCGUCGCCGACAAGGUGGUGAUCGGAGAGCGCGACAUGAGCCAUGCCCUCUCCGAGGCGGUGUCGGCCUAUAACUCGGACCCCACCGCGGAGGGUGUGUCCCCACUUCAGUGUGUCACCGGACGCCAGCCAGCUUCUCAGGGCUCUGUUUUGAGUAACUUUGCUGGUCGUUUGGCAGAGCAUGGGCUGAUUGAUUCCGACCCCAGCCUGAACCAGCGCUUAGCUCUGCGCGAGUCGGCCCGCAUUGCCAUGGUGAGGUUGCUUUACGGCCAGAGCAUUCGGAAAGCUGAGCUGGCCAGGAGCAGGGAGCCGACAACUUCCCAACCACCGGCCCCGGGCGACGUAGUUUACUUUUGGCGUGCUCAGAAGAUGACCCGUCGCAACGACCCAAGGUUGUCUACUUCAUCUCGGCGCCGGCGGCUGGAGCUGAAGCGUUGGCACGGGCCGGCUGUGUUGAUUGCUUUGGAGACUUCGGGCGAGACUGGCUUUCCCAGCAAUGCCUUCCUUUCUUACAAAGGCCAGGUGACGAAGUGUGCGUUGGAACAUGUGCGUGCGGCUUCUUCCUUGGAGCAGCUGGCGGCCAACACCUGGGAGGAAGCGAUUAAGGAGCUGGUCGAUGGCAUUGAUCGCUCGGCUGGCCGGGGACCCGGUGCUGACAUUUUGCCGAUCGUCCCGGAGGAACGUGGCGCCUACUACUCGGCCGCCCUCUUCUUUACCGACGACUUCUACCACGACCUCUUCGGCCCCCUCAACGGCGGCACCUGGGACUCCAGUCGGCGGAACUUCGUGAUGCAAUGGUCCGUGGCAUGCGUCGCCGGACCAGCUCCGAGGCAGGCUUUGACGAUGGCCCCGUGGAGAUUCGGAGGACAGCCUUGGACCAGAGUGUUGCCAGCGGCGCCCCAGCAGUACCCCGACAACCUUCUAACGAAUCUCCUGGGCAACUUCUCUCAGAACAAGCGCCAGCAGUACCCCAACAACCUUCUAGCGAAUCUCCUGGGCAACUUCAGUCAGAACAAGCGCCAGCAGUACCUCGACAACCUUCUAGCGAAUCUCCUGGGCCUCUUCCGAUGUCUUUGUCAGUUCAGCCGCAGUCUGGUCCCAGGGGUGGAGAUGGACCGACAGCCUGUGUCAGCAUGUCUUGAAGAUGAGCGGGACCAUGGGACAUGGGACGGUCGCUGGAGCCUGCCGUCAAGCUCGCAGUUUUCCGUUAUCCAGGCCGCGGGUGCUAUGCUGCCUACUGGGUUGCCUCAGGACUUUGAAGUUUCAGCGGCCACGGCCCGCAAAGAGUACAAUUGGGGUCGCAUGUCCGAGCAUGAGAAGCGGCUGUGGUCUAAGGCCGCUGAGAAGGGAUGGCAAGCUUACCUUGAGAACGAUGCCGUUCGCAUCCUUGAUGCCAAGGAGUCUUCAGCUGUACGCAAGCAGCUAGCCGCGAAGGGUGAGCUUGACCGAAUCCUUGUUCCUCGUUUUGUGCUGACAGACAAGGCCGAUGGACUUCGCUCGGAGAAUAACCCUUUGGAGGUCGAGGCAUCUGCUCGCCUUGUCGCGCCCGGAUUCAAAGAUCGGGCGAACCUGAAUGGAGAAGUUCGGCGAGACGCUCCAACGGGAGCUCGCUUGACGCAGCACCUUUUGCUUUCCUUGAUUGCCAGCAAGGGCCACAGCUGGAAGAUGAUGUCCGCCGACGUGAAGUCGGCCUUCCUCAAAGGGGACCCUUAUGUCUCCAGAGAGCUGUACAUCACCCGAACGAACACCAAGGUUGGGCCCAGCAUACCGAUCCCUGAGGGUUGCUUGGCCAAGGUUUGCAAGGGCAUUUUCGGGUUGGCUGAUGCUCCCCGCGAAUGGUGGCUUCGUCUUAGCCGCGCGCUUGAGUCUCGAGGCUGGCUGCGCAAUCCGCUCGACCAGGCCUCUUGGUUUCUCUGGGGCGGGACUGAUAAGAAAGUGCUGCAGGGCAUGAUCAUCAGCCACGUGGACGACCUGCUCUUCGGCGGCAACCCUACGGCCGAGGCUUCGCUGCUUGAGGUCGGCCAGGAGCUGGGUUUCCGCGAGACCAAGGUCGACGACUUCGUGUGGUGGGGCAAGCGUUUUCUUCGGCGCCCCGACGGCUCGGUGUCUCUGUCAAUGGAGGCUUACCACCGCAACCUGAAGCCGAUUCCGGUGCCUAAGGACAGGCGGGCUUCGCUGACUUCUCUUCUUCGACCUGACGAACGCCGCCGCCUUCGUGCUCUUCUGGGCAGUUUCCAGUGGCUUGUGGCGCAGCUCCGGUUCGACUUGCAGUUUCCGGUGUCUUCCUUGCAGGGCGAGACCCCGACCGUUGGAACCAUGCUGCGCGCGAACGCCCUCCUCGAGGAGUUCAUGUUGGACCCCACGUACGAGAUGGUUUUUCAGCCCAUCCCGAUGGGGGACGCUGGGCUAGUUGUGGUGACGGACAGCAGUUUGGGCAACGUGACGCAAGGCGGCGCAGGUGACGCACCUCCCUUGGAGAAGGUGUACUCUCAGAGCUGUUACUUUUGUCUUCUGGCGGACCGGGACCUGCGAGAAGGGCGACCAGGACGGUUCAACGUUUUGGACACAAGGAGUCACCGGCUGACUCGCGUCUGCCGGAGUUCUUACAGUGCCGAAACGCUUGGCGCUGAAGAGGCCUUCGACGUUGGACAGCUGGCUCGUGGUUUCUUGGCGGCGGCGAAGGGCUACCCGCUGCACUCCAAGCAGGACAUCGACCGCAGUUUGAACGCGGUGCCGCUCACCGUGGUGGUCGACGCCAAGGACGUCUUCGACAAAGGGAACAGCGACACGAGCUCCUUUGGCUCCCAAAAGUCGCUUGCCUUUACAGUGGCCUGGCUUCGUGCGAUGCUUCGGCGUCCCAACACUGUGUUACGCUGGACUGCUACCAGCAACAUGUUCUGCGAUGCCGGGACCAAGUACAUAGAUGUGGGUCACUUGCGCUCCACUCUCAGGCGCGGUGUCUGGAGCAUAGAGUACAGCCCCACUUUCGUGAAGCAGGUUUCGAAGGGCAAGCGUGUUGUGGUGCCAAAGGUUCCCGAGGGUGUCAAGUUACCUGGGGCUUCUGUUGACGGUGGCGACCCGCUGUUGGGCUUCUUGCUGAAGUUCGCUGAGGAUCGCGGCUGGCAUCAUCAAGGAUCCAUGGGCGUCAAUGUUUCCCAUGGUGCCAAGAGCUUUCGCACACCGGAGCCCAGGUUCAGCAGCGCAGAGUUUCCAGUUUCCACUCAGGACUACUUUUGGUCGUUACGAGUUACCUUCAGGUGA